GCGCUUACGAAUGUCACGUGACUUCCCUUGGAGACGCUUCAACGCCUUGUUGAUAGUUGCAUCGAAUACAUGGUUGAUGUUCAUUUGUCGGCCAAGAAGCGAAUCUCGACCAUUUUUGUCAAGGUACCUCUCUUCCUAAGCCAGGAGUGAUGUGGACUGGAGAGAAUACCUAAUGCCUUCUUUUAAUCCGUUGCCGAAAGCUGCACAGUCGGCGGUUGGCAAACUUACUUACACUUUUGCGCCAUCUCCUCUGAAGGCUAAAACGCACAUUCCAGCGUUGCCGACAAUUCCACCGCCAGUUAGCACAAUAACGCAGUCAUAUCGACCCAAGGUUCCCGUCAAAUUAGCCACAGUAAGCUUAGUUGGAAGGUGAGUUAUACGGUUGUCUUGUUGUAUUGUGUUUAAUCUUCGAUCGCGAAACUUUGGCUGCGUUUCAACGAAUUUGAACACUGUCUAAAUUGAUUCUUUGUAGAAGAGAUCACUCCAAGAAUGCUCCGAGUGUGUUGACUGAGGAAAAGGAAGACGAAACUUUUGCAAGUAAGAGAUGAAACCAUGACAGUAUUUUAGUAAUGACACUAAUUUUUGAGAAUUAUUCAUUAAUACAACUUUUUUCAAGAUGCAUAUAAUGAAUCUUACAUAAAUUAUUCCUUGUUUGUUUGUUUUAAUCUCUUUUAUUUUACAUCCCUUAGUCAGAUACUUUAAAUUAAUCAUUGACAUUGCUUUCCUUAGAGUACUUUGAACCUAUGAUAAAUUGUUAUUGUUUGUUUAUUUGUUUGUUUAUUUUGGAUUCCAACACUACAUUGGAUAAACAGAUCUUUGAAUGUAAUUUUUUGUUCAUUCAGAUAGAUGAAAAACAUCUCUAGGGUUUUUAUGAACAAUUAUAAGAUAUAAAUUUAGAUGCUCAGAUUACUGGAGAGCCUUAGGUACAGAAAAAAUCUAUUGGUUGCAAUAUUGUUAAUAAAACUUCUUGCAUCGCAGUGUGCUCGUAUAUCUACCAAAAAAUUAGGGAAAUCAAGUUAAUACUUUCUUCAUUAAAAAAAUUCGAUUUCCUAUUACGGAAUGGCUUUAUUUUUAUUGUUUGUUGUAAUUCUUGUUCUUCAGAUAUAGCAACCUCACCUUGUCAAACAAAUUUGAGUGGGUAGAGGGUGGGAAACUAAUCUGAAGUAAAAUGUCUCUCAUUUGACAUUUGCAGAGGUUAGCAUCUUAUCUGUGUUUGGAAAAAUGUUUCUUUAUCUGACUAGAGUUGAUUUUGGCUUCAUACCAGGUCUUGAGGAAUGCUUGCAGUCUCGUCCUCCACUGCAACUGGAUCUGACAGGUCCUAAGCCUACAAGUUAUGACCCACCUAUAAGUCUACCAUGGGAAACUUCAUCACCAUGUUAUACGAUGAGACCCAAAACACAGCCAGAGAGAGGUAUAAAUAACCGUUCAGUUUUUGUACACUUCUCAAGGGCUGCCACAAGUGAAUGACUGUGAUUAAAUUUUGGCAAUUAUUUUUGUUUUGCUCCAUUUGUGCAGAUAGAGGAGGUGACAGAGUAGCUUGGAGCAAACAGUGGAUUGCCAGUCCAGAUAUCUGGACAUUUAGAGCAAACUUUGAUAGCAGGGUAAGAAUCAGAAUAGUACAUGUGCAACGGAAAAACUGGUUACAAACAGGCGCCUUAGCUGAUUUUACUGAAUUAUGAAACACUGAGAAUAAAUUUAUUUUGAACAGAUUCCCAACCCAUUAUGCCAGAUUUUUUUUAUGCUAAGUGAGAAAUAGCUAUUUUGAGAAAAUAAUUCCAUCCAAAAAUUCAUAUAUUUGGAUUAGGAAGUCACAUUGGUAACAGCAUAUCAGGAAGUUUGGUUCAAACAGUUAUUGAAACGAACAAGUUUACUUGUUGUUGGAGCCAUGUAGUAUUUUAGUGCUAUUGCACUGAAGCCUAUUCUAUAAUACAAUAAACUGCUAACAAAAAAAAAAACAGAAGGACUACCUCAUACAUACUAAUGAGGCAGAUUUCUCAAGCUUAUGCUCACACAUGCAAUUUUUUGAUGUGCACUAUUUUUUAUUUGCAAUUGCAUGCACUUUUGGUACAUUCUAUUCGCAUUUUUUGUUUAACAUAUAUUCAGGCAGUACUGUAUAUGGGUCAAAACAUGAUAUCCUAGCAGAGACCAAGGCCUAUAAGUUUAAUUUUCUGUAUAAAAGUCUUUUAAAUAGCUAAUUAUUCAGGGGACCAUAAAUCUGCAGUGCAUGACAUUACUCAAGAAAAAUUGCAAUGGUAAAAAUGCUAAAUUAAUGGUCAUGGAAAUCAAAAUUUCAUUUUCAUGAAGUUUGGAGAGUAAGCAAGUAAAGCACUUUUUAUGUUACUCAGACAUACACUUAAAAACAAUUUAAUGGUUUAAGGACACUAGCUAUGCUGGAAGAGUUAAAUGAUCAGUUAAAUUUGAAUUGGUGGUGAAUUUUUUUUUUUUUUUGAUCCAUAACAGUAUACCUGGCCAUCUCCUGCUCAUUACACCUCUAGAAAUACUGUGGGAAGUCCACAGUUUGUUCUAUCCCAGUCACCUUCACAUACAUUCGGAAAAAGAAGGGAAUUCUCUAUAUCCAAGAAAGGUGAGAUCUCUUACUUUGUGCAUGUGCAUCUGAUGCUAAUUGCAAGAGGGACUUUCAUUGGUUCCAAGUUCAUGCAUAUACUCUCUGUGUUAAGACAUAAGUGGAUAUAUCAGACCUCAAUUUUCAAUUCUCCAUCUUCUUUUUUGGAAAGUGACUCUAAAAUAAAAGAACCUUACAUUGUGUGUUGUGGCAAGGAAAAACCUUUUGCAGGUUCUACAUUGACUUACAUGUAAGCUCUUGUAAGGGUAUAAAACAUCUGUGAAAAACCACUUGCUGGAUAAACAAGGUUUGACUCACAAGCCCUUUAACUCCCAGAAGUGAUUAACAUGUAGCUUCUCCCUAGAGUAUCCAUACAUUAUCUAGCAAACAGGUAGUGAGAAUACUCAAACUUACCAGGUACAAGAUAUUAUCUUGAUGAAACACCAAAUUCUCAUAACCAAUUUGCAAGGAAAUGUGUAGUAGCUAAAGGGGAGGAUUAAUAAUCAGAUCUUAGGAUUAAUAAGUUUAAUAACCCUUUUUAACAAGGGUUAAUAAGUUUGACACCUCUACUGAACAGGUUCAGAAGAUGAACCAGCCCCAAACCAAUACAACCACAACAAAGCAAAGGAGAAGUUGUUGAAUAAAUCACCAUCCUAUUCAAUUCAGCAAGGUAGACGAGGUGGAACAGUGUUUUGGAUGGCAAGAGGUCGGUUCAUUUUUCUUUUUCUUUUGAUCCCCUUAGCUGCUUUGUCAAAUGAAUAAAAUAUAUGUAUGUUAUCAUUUGACCUGACUGACCAACUGACUGCCUUCUACACCAAGUGACUGGCUAUGUUACUGGUUUACUGACUGACUGAUUGACUAACCAAUCAAUCUGGCUGUCUGACUAACCUAACCAAGAAUCGACCGUUAGUAGAACAGAAUGACAAACCGAAUGAUUGACUGAAUAACCAGCAGACCAGUUGGCUGACUGAUUGACUCACUGACUUGGAGGUUUAAUCAAUGGUCUGUUGAAAGCUUUGUUUACUGUACUUGUGUUGCAGUAUUUGUUUUUGUUUUGAAUAAUCUUGGACCAAAGAGUUUAUGUGUACCUUGCUUUGGUAUAAUUUUUCUUCACCAGAGCCUGUUCCAGGUCCUGGGUCAUACAAUCCUCAUGUGUAUCGCACAAGUUCUAAGCGCUGUGCCCCAGCCUUCACAAUGUCAAGGACACCCAGAGAGAUUGGAAUCACUCAAAACUGUACCUUUUGAGGGAAAGAAUGUCUGAAUGAUUUCGUGGACACUACUGGAUCAACAGCACCUUUCCUCUUCAAGGGACGCUACUUUUUCACCACCAAGACAUCGUUCAUUUGGCAUUCAGCAAGUUAAAGGCUUGGCUUUUGAUAUAAGACGUGGGGUCGCUGUACAUUUGUUGUUGAUGCAGUGUGCCUUGUGUUUCAGUAUCUCAAUCUCUACAUUCUUGAAUAAUCAUGAUAUUGGCGUGACAAUCCAUAUCAUGUGAAAAAAAUUCAGUGUGUUGUCAGCUUUUCUCGACCAUUUUAAUACAGAAACUAUAUUUUCAUAGGUGUGUGCAGAGUGUAUUUAAAAUUUUUCAUGGGUAAUUAUACUCAAAACGGGUGUCAAAUACAGAUUAUUAACGUGCAAUGGAGGCUAAUAAAUUUUAUAACUAAUUUUGUACAGAAUUUGAAUGAUUAGACGCUUUUUAAAAACAUAAUUUUGAAAUAAAGAUAACAAACGCUAAGAAGUCGAAUUUCUAACUUGUUAAACUACAGUGAUUCAAGUCUUGAGUGUUUAUUUAAAAUGAUACUGACUUGUGUAUCUGCAUUCUUUAUUUAAAUGCGUCAGAUUUUCCGAUGAUUCCCGAAUGUAUCUCGACCACUUCGUUUAUUUCCGGAAAUCGAAUUACAGCUUCUAAAAGGUGGUAAAUUUAACUAAAGUAUGUGUUUUACAACUUCUUCGUAAAAAAGAUGGUUGUAAAAAGGACAAUAUUUGUGCAUUUACUAAAUGUGAAAGACAAAUAUUACUUUAGUCAUGUACAAAACAAAUUGUACAGAUCAAUCAUCGUUAUUUCCACAGCUUUUCUGCAAAGGCUCAUUGGUCUUCAUCGAAAAAUAGAAUGAGAAAAUUCACAAAGACGGGCAGUUUUUUUUCUCCUUUGCUUUUUUUUUUUUUUCACUCGCGAGCUGUUGCUUGGUGUAACACCAACGCUUUGUCUUUAGAUUCUUCAUGUAUUGUGCUUCGCGGCUUUUCUGGAGAUUAAAAAAAAAGGUCCCGGUUCCUUCCUUUGCAUCUGAUAACAGUUUUCUAAGCCAAGCUGCUGUCGAUGCACUUAUGGGUGAAAAAGUUUCGACCUUUUCGAGCUAUCUCAGUAAGCUUUUAAGGACGUUGAGGUCUCCCUGAUCAAGAAGUUUCCUUUCUUCUUGCAGAUGGACAUUCCCAAAGGUCGAAUUAAAGAGGUGUCACAAAUAGACGGUUCCUUUUGGCAUAUUGUAAUUAAAAAAAAAAUCUAAAAAAAUCGAUCAUCCGUGGAAAUGUUAUAUUCCAGUUGUUAGGUUCAACCAACCGUAAUAAUUUUAUUAUUGCCACAUAUGCCAGUUUUGUAGACCUUUGAAAACGUCAACCCAAUUCUUAACUUUAAAGAACUUUUAAAACUUUAAAAACGUGUUUGAUUGUAAUGAGCGUUCGCCGAGUGCUAAGCAUCCCAAACGCAUUCUGUGCUGUUUUCUAGCAAUAUCCAUUGUUCAGUGAGGUGCAACUGUGUUGUCGGUUUUCAUUUUUUACCGUUAAAAGUCAACCGUCACACUGAUGCCAUUUUAAUAAUAGUUAAUAAUUAAAUUAUAAGUCGCAGCGGGCAAUUUCCAGCUGAUUUUAGCGAAACAUUAUUCGUCCCUUAUAAAAACCUUGUCCUAAAGGAUGCAGACGCAGACGUAUACGAAAGUUGGGGAAAUCGAUUUAUGUUUAUCACAUGGUAGCCGACAAGCUUUCCGAUGGCCACAGACAAACAAUCGAAUAUCGAAAUCCGUUAAUCUGUGUUAAGUGACGCGUAAAGCAAACCCACGCGAAAAUAUCAACACAUAGCAAGUCAACAAAGACGUUCAAACCGAGAAAACUUUCCGAUUCCUUACGUGCUUGCCACGGACUUAAAAAAAAACCGUAAGUUAAUUAAAUUGAUUUUUCUGAUAAUUCCUUUAUUUUUUUUUCCUUGUUAUUCGAAACUGGCAAUCGUGAUUGUUCGGUAUCUGAUACACCCUCAGGUCGCAAAAGGUCAAGUCAGAUAACAUACAUUUGCGUCCAUAAAACUACGCGCUCCAAAUUUGAAUACCGCCUGCAAACAUAGUCGAGAUCACAACUUAAUUGCUAUCGUACUUCCGUUACAGAGCUAGGGAAAAGUAUCCAAUUUUCCCUCCAACUCGACAACGGUACAUGAAGAUCUGGACUCAAUAAUGGGUUGAUCUGGGUGAGCAGAGUCGAUCGCUUGAGCCGGUAACAUUUUAAAGAUAUUUGGGUAUAAUUUGACGACCGUUAGCCGUAGAACUAGAAGAAGCCAGCAAUCCGCCGUGAGCCCAAGAUAGAUGUGGAUGCCAGCUGUAUUUUAUUGUGGAGAAUGACAGCUACCUUCGUUUGGAAAAAGUCACGUUUAGUAAUUUAGGUAAGUUGUUGAAUAUAAAUAAUACAUUUUGCAAUUAUUAAAACUUAUUGUAUGAUAUGUACUGCUUUGUACGUGAAGUUGAGUUUGUAAUGACGUUAUCAGUCACAAAUGGAUAUUAGCAUUGCACCAGUGAGAUGCUAGAAUGUGGACUAAAAAUCCAAAGAAAACUUUGAGUUGCCAAAGGACUGAGGAGAGAAAAUAUUUUCGAUAGGGAAGAAUUUGGAUCUAGUACAACACGGUAUAAGGAAGAGGCUUCAAAUGUUUAAACUGUUUUUCAUAUCUUAUUUAAAAAUUUAGUUGACCUACUAAACAAUUCGUGGCGUCUGGAGCGGUUUCUAGAGGACUUCUUUAUGGGUGACGAAUUUUUACAUUAUCAAUGAUUAUCUCUCUGUGUAGUGGGUGAAAAUUUUUGUUAAUCAUCCACGAAGAUAAGAGCUGGAUCAGAUAAGUUGUUUUCCCACAACGAGGAGAAAAGUUUCAAAGCAGAACAACAUUGCAGCUUAUCACCUCUUGAGUGCCUUCCAUAUUUCCCCUAGAUCAAUCUUUGUCCAACCCCAUAUUUUAAAUAUUCACGUCUAAGUCUUCCUGCUUUUUUUCUUCCCGCGGCUCUUUUUACGGCCAAAAAUAUGGGGAGAUGUUUAUGCACGCCACAAUUUUUCACCGGUUAUUAUAGCUUUUAGCAAAAUAAAUUUUAGCCAUAGCAAUUUAACAGGCGAAGUCUUACAACUGCGCAAUAUUUAAUCCAAUCAUCCUGUCGGCUUGAGAGCCUUACCCGUGAUAGCUUCUCUUAAAAAUCCCUGAGUAUAAAUCAGCCUUUCAAGACCUAAAUAUUGACCUUCAUUUUCGUGAUCCCGCUUUGGGCGUCAGAGAUUUCACCUCUGGAAUUUAAAGGCAAUGUCAGAAAUGUCAAACAGUUCGUUGCUUAAAUAAAUUUUGGUAUUACUUUGAGGUCACUAUUACCCCAUUCGAAACUACUUUUUUAUGCUGAAAGGCCUUCAACAUAAGGUUUCUGCGUCAUGUGGACAUUUAAGAGUCAAUAUUAUUUUUAGUCUUGAAACGAAACCCGCGCUAAAAGCGGAUGGUGUACAAUUCCACCAUUGGGUAAUUACUAGUGAUGAUAAACUCUGUAGACAUAAACCGGAAAUAGCGCAUACUUUGAACGUGGUUGUGCAAUUAGUUAUCCCCUCAAACAAAUUAUCGUUAAUGAGAUUAAAAUGUAUGUUAAGGAACGGUGGGUAAGAAUGCAUUGGAAACAAGCAACAUAGUUAGCGAAAAUAAAUAGAAGAAGAGUCGGCCAUUUUGGUGUGUGAUUACCUUGCAGAGCCACUUUAAGACGUAAAGUUUUGGGCUUACAGGAGUACUAUCUUAGUAAAACUUAACUGCGCGUGUGAAUAUCCUCCCCCCCCCUCCCGCAAACGCAGCUUACACCAAAGGGUAUGAACUUAUGAACUUACUGUUGAAGAGAAAUAACAACUCAGACAUAAGCUUUGAAGAUUCUAUUUCUUCAGUCUUAUCAGGAUCUUAUAUUAGGUUCUUUUUCUUGAGGUCCUCAAUGGGGUUUUUAGGCGUAGAAAUUGACAAAUUUUAACCGUUAGUCGUAAAAAAAAGUUAACCGUAAAAAAUUUUUCCGGUGGAAACAAUGGAAAGAUGUUAACUGUUAGCCGUAAAUUGGCCAAAAUUUUAACUGUUAGCCAUCACCCCAGUAAGACCCCCUUUCUUUAGAGCUGUUGUUUUUUUAACAUAAUACGAGGCUCGGAGUAUUUCCUUAACUACAUGAGAUAACUGAUGUGUUACGUGCCCUAUCAUUGGUCGAAAAACUAUUUUUUGGAUUGUACGGGCAAAUCAACGGAAAACUUGUCGUACUUUUUAUUAGUUAUUCAGCGUUAUAACACUCUUGAUAUGUUGAGAGAACGCUUGCUCACUAAACCCUUUACACCCUAAAAUCAGUAUGCAUAUUCUUCAUAAUGUUCUAUAUACAUUUCCUAAGGUGCUGCAAGGAGAAUUUGUUUACCAAUCAAAAGCUUCUUUCGUUGGUGAUCAUUUCCUUUAUUCUCAUGACCUUAACGUAUGAUUCAGGGCUGAUAUUGUAGGGAGAAAUUUGAUGCUGGUCACUCUUAGGGUUUAAGGGUUAACUCGUUUGCUGCUAACAUCCCACGUAGGCUAUUUCGUCAGUAGACCAAUAGGACAAAUCAAAGCUUUAUGUAAAGUAUGUAAGUGUAAACUAUUCUUAAUUUUGUUUAAUAUAGAUAUUGCAAUAGUAAAAAAACUUGCGAGAGGAAAUUUUCAACGAUGUUCAUAGCAUCAUGGAUCAUAGCCUAUGUACUUGUUGGUGUGCUGCUGGUAAUAACGCUUGUCUACGUCGGAUUUCUGGCUUUCAAAGCUUACAGCAUCCGGCAAGACAUAAAGCGUGCUCAUAGUUAUCGGUAUAUCUUGAGGACGCCUUCGGAAGACUUCGAAAUUUCUUCGGCUACCGAUGGAUCCCCGAGUCCUAAGCUUUUGGAAGCUUCAGUCAGACCACCAACUCAGCCUCCUUACUUUGGUAAGAACUCAUGAGAAACAGGUCAGAUUUUCAGGGUGCGUUUUCGAAUCUUAUUCAUAUAAACGAGUGUAAGGGCGGGUUUUUGACUAUCGAAUACACGUCUUACACAUUUUGCAGGUCCGAAAUGGGAAGGGUAAAAUGUCUUUGUGAGAUCUAAAAUAGGGUCGUGGCUUCAAGAAACAUGCCGCACGCUUCUACGAGUAUCCAAAGGGGGAAGGAAGUUAGGCACUUUUGAAUUCCAACAAUAAAGUCGAGUGUCUUCUUCAAACACUGCCUGUGAAUAACCUUUUUAUUUUUCUUUCUUCAUUUUCCAGUUGGUGAUGUGCAGACGGUUCACAUUCAGCCCCGUCUCGUUAGGCGCUCCCCCACGGAUUUCACACCAUCCGCCAGUCCUGCAACUCCACUGACACCAAAGUCGCCCGGAACUCCGGGUUUCUUUGAUGACUUAGGAACCCUGGAUCCCAGUCUUUACACAAUGGUAGCGGAGGUAAGCCAUUUUGUCACCCCUCCCUCCCCCUCCCCCUCCCCCUCCCCCCUUCUUCUGCCUAAUUUUUCAUGAGAAUCAUUCUUGUUGAUUUCUUAGAGUUUACAUUUUCCGCAAGAGAAGUAGUAAACGAAAUAAAAAACCUAAAUUAGGAGAUAGUGAUGCAAAGGAGUUUGACGAAGUAUCUCGUAGAGUAUAAAGUGUUAUUUACACCUGAGUGGAAAAAGCCUUCUAAACGAAAGUCUAAGCCUAAAACUUUGCGACAUGAUGUUUGUCCUUCGUUAUUUCUACAAAGGAUGCACUUUGAAAAGCUAUAAUAACAAACUACCUAACUGGAUCGUUUUUACUUUCCCUCAGGAAAGUGGAUGCUCUACUUCCGAAUCUGGAUCCCCUUUAACUCACAAUCUUGGCCAGGCUCAUUUCAAAGUCAAUUUCGAUCAGCAUCGUUCAAUCCUGUCAGUGAAGCUCGUGAAAGCCAUGAACCUGUCACCGCUCGGAAAGGACUGGAGCAAGCCAUGUAAUCCUUACGUCAUAGUGCAACUGCUUCCUGAUUACAGACAUCAACUGCAGUCUACUGUGCACAAAAAGACUACCAACCCUCGUUUUGACGAGACGUUUGAAUUUGAGGUAAAGGUUCUCGUAAAUUACACGCAUUUGGUAUUCAUUUCAGAUUUUCAGUCCGCACGUCAUCGGAUCGGCAUAACCUUAGCUUUGUCGUUCAGUUCGAGACAAUAGGGAGUUUUAGAUCUAUGUUUGUUUCUGAAUACGCAUGACCGCAAACGUCUUGGAGUCACGUGAACAGACACCAGCGGUCACGUUCGCCGUUUGCCGUCCACGCGUUAACUUCGGGCAAGGCAGUUUCAGGUACUUCAACUCUUUCGGCGCUUUUUUCCUCACUGUUCGAAAGUUCUCACGCAUUUCCCAUAAAUAUAUGUGAGUUAAAGUCUUUUCUUUAUAAGUAAUCCGUUUGAGACGCUAGGAAAGCAAUCUUUUAGCCACAUUUUGUGUUUGAAAGGAAGGAACUCUAUCCUUUGUGUGAUUCAAGAUUGCGGCGCACAUGUUAAUUUUUUUCAGAUGAAAGCCGACGUCGACCUAAAAAGCUGAAAGUCUCGAAACUUCUAACUCCUAACCACAAACUGCUGACCGCGGUUUGACGUUGACGGUGAACACACCAAACGUGGAUCUAAAACUCUCUAAUAUCCUCUUCACGUUUGAUUUGAAGCAGCGAGUGAAGACCUAAACCUUCGUGCUCGUGCGUCUCUUCCUUCGCGUAUUUGUCUCAGUGAGCGUUCUCUACAGCUAACACCAUCAAUUUUUCAUGUAUCAUUCAUUGACCCGCGAGCAGGGUUCGGCUUGAGCGUUUUUUCGCCUGCAGUAAAGUAGGAGGCCUUGCAGCGCUAGCUGGCAGGAGAUCUAAGGUGUCUUCCAGCAGACCCCUUCCCGACCCGUUUUUAAUUGGGACCUUUAGCAGUUAGGACGGCAACGCCAAAGAAGACGUUGAUUUAAAAAAAAUACAUAUUUUUAGUUGGAAUUUCGCGACUGACUGGGUGUGUUUACCAUCUCCUACGGCAGCGCAAGUUAACCUCAACAUAACGUAUGAGGGCGGCGUUGAGUUCCAAAUAGAAGCUUAAUUAAUUUGCCGUCGGGGUUACGCAAAUUUUGAUGAUUUCAUGUUGUUAUUUGCAGAGGACGGCUAAGAAAUAUUCUGCUCAUUAGAUCUUUUGUUUUGCCACGUCCUUGUUGCCGUCGCCAUCUCGGUUUGCUAAAGGUCCUUAAUAUUUCCGUACGCGGAGAAACGUGCGUCCUGCAGCACUAAUAAUGACGGCUUACUGACGGGCUAAUCAUUUGGUAGAAUUGUGAGCCAAUGACAUCAUGUUAAAACUGACCCAUCAGGCACAUAACACUCUAACUAACAAACACAUACCGAAUGAUUCUGAUGAUAAGUUCCGCUCAGGUUAUCGACAUGUCAGCCUUACUGCUUACGACAGUCUUUUUCAGCACCACUCUCUCUCAACAAUGAGAACUCACUAUCAACUGUUAUUCCCGGGGCAUGGGUUUAACUCAUUUACUGUAGUAUCAUUUCCUUUACUAUCGUUAAACAGUUGUUUUUACCUUGAUUCUUUUCUUGAAAAAUGCAGUUGUCUUAUAAGGAACUCCAGUUGCAAACCCUAUGGCUGACGUUCCUCUCGUUUGACACGUCUUCCCGUCACGAGGUGAUUGGCCAAGUAUUGUUGCCGCUGGCUGAUUUAUCACUCUCUCAAGACAACACAUAUCGAACUGAUAUUAGACCGAGUCUUAAGGUAAAAAGUUCUUUUCUAAGAUUUAGUAGCUUAAAAGAGCGCAAAUCAUGAACUUCACAGUUAUCAUAAUGACUUAAGAGAACAAAGAUAAACAAAGAUGAAUAUGAUAGGGCACUAAUGAGAACUCAAAGUUGGAAAGAAAGUAUGUAUCUUGCCUCUAACUCGGGAAAACUCGAAUGACCAACUUGUUUUAUCUGAUUGGUUGAGAUGAUGGCGCGAGUUUUUGAAACCAAUCUCUUAGCAUGUCAUGAAAACCAGUGCAAUCUGGCUCGGGUCGAUCACUAUUGACAAUCGAUUGAAUUCGCGUAAUAGAGUAACUGGUUGUCCGUAGCACUCCGAAUUCAUUUUAUUGGUUGUAACUCGUCAAACAAGGACAUUAUCUAUGCUACUUCUUUUUUUCUGGGUAUCUAUGUUACUAAGAGAAACACUCUUUUGGUUUUGAUAUCGAAGGAAGUUGUUGAUGUCACUGUAAACGGAAGCUCUAUUAUCACGUCUCUCUCAAACAAAUAUAUGCAAUGUACGUCUAUUCCUUAUGGCUAUCUAUCUAGACUUCUCAAAACAACAUAUAAUUUUUGUUUGUAUAAUUUCCUUCUGCGAUAGAAACAAGUAGCGUUAGGGGAACUGAUGGUCUCUCUUGGUUACCUCAAGUCCGCGGAGAGGUUGACUGUUGUCGUCAUUAAGGCUCGCAAUCUACCAGCGGUUAAUAUUAAGGGAACAGGUUGGUUGUAUACGUGAUUGGACAUAUUCUUAUGUUGAAUUACUUUUGUAUUGUUCUUUGUUUAUCAUCCUCAAAUUUCUUUGCAGUUCUCUUUUAAAUUCAAGCUUCGUUCUCUUCCAGAAAAACCGAGUAAAAUCCAGCAUUAGAGCAGACACACUCUCUGUGGUCAUUCUUUCUAACGUUCUCAAUCUUUGUUUUUUUCACGCAGAUCCCUAUGUUAAAGUCUAUCUGCUAAUGGCAGGAAAACGGGUAAAAAAGAAGAAAACGACCGUUAGGAAAGGAACAUUGAACCCUGUGUUCAACGAAGCCGUAUCGUUCGACAUAUCAGUAGACGCCAUGAACUCUGUGGACCUACUGCUGUCUGUUAUGCAUGAAAACGAGGUUAUCGGUUGCGUGUCACUCGGUGCCCACGCCACCGGAAAAGAACUCGGACACUGGCGGGAGGUACGCACUGCCAACAAACCUGUUGCACACUGGCACGUGUUACAAGACCCAAAAAAGUUUUAUUAGGAAAAUUUAAGUCUUGAAAUGGAUGAACUGAGAAGGAAGAGACAGAGAACUCAUAAGAGGUAUUUCAGGCUUGUAGUGAAGUCUAUUUCAAAUGAUGAGAUUCGUUGCGACGAAAAAUUUCACGUAGGAUGUCGGCACAGUUAAUCUAACUUGUGGCAGAGUAUGUGAACGGGGAAUGGGAAGGAUUCAGCUACAAACCUUGAGGAGGAGGAGGAGAAGAAUUGGGUCUAUUUUCACUCAUUCCCAUUCCUCCGCCUGGCGCCUUCCCACAGCCGUAAUGAAGACCCCUUAGCUGCGAAGUUGAGUGGGUGAGGCAUUUCAGUCCUGUGUAGAAGCGUCGCCGAUUGCAAAGACAGUCUCAUAACUUUUUUGAAACUGAGAAACCUUUGUUAAAUGAAACAUAUCUUGAAAUAAGAUGUAUAAUUUUUUAAAUUCCCAUUUUAAUGAUAACCGUAACUAAUUUCUGACUGAUACCUUUUUACAGAGCAUAUUCUCUCUUUUUAAGGUUGAGAUAAAAUAACGUGCUUGUUUCUUUUCUUUUUAAUAUUAUCUUAUACAUGUUGAAUCAUAAAAUCGAAUUGUAAGAUAGGUCAUUGCUUUAAUUUCUUUUCCUUAAUAAAAUAACAGUUAAUAGAGAAUGUCUUCCACGAAUUAGUAAAAAUCGUGGACGUUCUUUACAGACAACCCCAUGAUCACAAUCGGGGCUCGUCUUGGAAAAUUUGUCCCAAAUUUUUAAGCCGAGUUUGUCAAUUGUAAUCGUUUUUAAUUUUCUUCAUCCCCAACUAUUCCUGUU